AUGAAUUUUGUAACGCAGUUGUUGAAGAUGGAUCGUAUGCUUUGUACAGCCACUCGUCACAAAACCGAAUUAUCUAAAAACACAUUAGACAUGUUGUUGGGGAAGGUAUUAAAACAUACAUAUAUUGGGAAUGAUAAAAUCCCAUGUGUUCAAGUUCGAUGUCGAUUGAACGAUUUUGAUGAAUAUAUUAAGAAGUAUUUUUCACGGCCCAUUGAUCUAUGGGCAUUAGAUCCGAAAAAUGCAACAGGAUUGGGUGACAUUAUUUUGAUCGCAAAAUGUGAUGUAAACAAACGACCGGCGAAGUUGGUGACACAUAUUGUUGAUCGAGUAAUGUUUAAGUACGGUAAUAUUAUCGAUCCGAUCACCAAAAAACGUGUAAUUAAAGAGAAAUAUGAAGACGACAUCAAUUUACAGACAAAACUAGUGAAGGAAAUUAUCGAAGAACCAUCGUCAUAUGAUGUGUUGUUAUUCGAAGAAAAACGGGAUAUACAGUGGCGGCGAUUGAAUAUCCGUAAAAUGGCAAUAAGUCGACGUGAGUUGUCGAAGCAGGGACGUUUAUUGACGAGACAGAUGGCCAAGAAUAUCAGCAAAGAAAAGGAAAAAGCUCUGGAGGCGGAUAAAGAGCAAAAUGAUUAG